ACUGUUUAUAUGUUUGUGUUAUUCAAGUCUAGAGUUUAUAACUAAAAAUGUGACACAAAUUGUGAGACAUUUAUUACAAUCACUUUAUAUAUAUAUAUAUAUCAUAUAUAUUGACAUCAAUUGUCGUUUUGUUGACUCAAUGCUUACUAUUAUGUAAUCAAACAAUUGUUUACUCAAUUGUCACUAAAAACCUAACCAUUGAUGACAUCGAUGACAAUCACAUGCAAUCACUCAUCGGUCAUAUCAUUGCAAAUCAAGUGUCAAAUCAAUUCAUAAACAACUCUUAAAAUUUGUAUUUAUUUGUAAACCAAAAAAAAAAACAAUCACUUCAUUACCAUCGAUGACAACAACAAUGUCUUUGAAUCUCAUACUUUGUCUUCAUUUAAAUGCAAUUGUUUUGGCUUUUAUUGCAUUAAUUGCAUCAAUAGAGGCCAAAGUGAUAAACUGUUCAAUUGGUGUUUUAGGCGACUGUCCAUCGGAUGAGAUAUGUGAAGAAUGGCAUAACUCGACAACCGGUGGUCACUGUGUGUCACAUAAUAAUACAAUAAUAAUAGUGACGACAACUGUCAAACCGCUUCCCAUUUAUUCAAAUGACAACAAUAAUAGUCAUUCAGUCAUUAUAUUUAGUAUCUUCGGAGCCGUGAUGUCCGUAAUGAUAGUAUUUAUGGCCUAUUAUUUUGGUUUCCGUAAAGGUAUGUUUCGCGAUGUGUGGCGCCGGGCGUUCACACCUCAUGUCAUUGAACACCAACUUCUUGACCGAAGUCCACAAACUGAUGACCGCAACGACACGGAAGCGAUCGCUUAAUAUUUAAUUCAAU